AUGACAGCAAGAGCAAAGUGCUCGAGGUUCUUCAAGCGACUCAUCAACUUCCACCAGAUGGAUUUCGAAUUCGCCUUUUGGCAGAUGCUGUACUUGCUUGUGGCGCCAAAGAAAGUGUACAGAAAUUUCAUGUACCGAAAAAGGACUAAAGACCAAUGGGCUCGCGAUGAUCCUGCUUUCUUGCUGAUUCUCAGCGCAGCGCUGUUCGGUAUGCCAUAG